AUGGCAGUGAUGAAGGAAAUUCUCCGAUCCAGAAAUCUCUUGCUUGUUGUCCUCAUUCCACUUCUGCUGCUUCCUCUGCCACUCAUAUACCCCAGCAGUGAAGCCUCGUGUGCCUACGUGCUCAUCGUGACUGCUGUGUACUGGGUCUCUGAAGCAGUGCCUCUUGGGGCAGCAGCCUUGGUUCCUGCUUUCCUGUACCCUCUCUUUGGGGUCAUGAAGUCCAGCGAGGUGGCUGCUGAAUAUUUCAAGAACACAACUUUGCUCCUCAUGGGUGUGAUUUGUGUGGCAGCUUCUGUAGAAAAGUGGAAUCUCCACAAGCGAAUUGCCCUGCGCAUGGUGAUGAUGGCUGGAGCCAAGCCAGGCAUGUUGCUCCUUUGCUUUAUGUGCUGCACCACGGUGCUCUCCAUGUGGCUCUCCAACACCUCCACCACAGCCAUGGUGAUGCCAAUUGUGGAGGCAGUGCUCCAGGAGCUGGUGAAUGCUGAGGAGGAGUGUGAGGUCAUCACGACUGCAGGCAGCACCAUUGCUGAAGAAAACAAGCCAAUAGGUCUCGGUGAAAAGCACGGCCAAGCUUCACUGGAGCUUAUCUUCAUCAAUGAGGAUGCUACUACUACAGACUUCAGCUCCUUGAUGCACUCAAAGAGUAUGAAUGGUGUGCACAUGAUAGCCAACCCUAUUGGAACAAUGAAUUCUACAAGCAAUGGGCAGCACCUACCUCAGGCUCAGAUCCUGGUCCUGCCCCCCGAGCCCUCAGACCUCGGGCUGAGCAGCAGGUAUCGGUACCAGAGCAGGCAUGACCACAUGGUCUGCAAAUGCCUCUCGCUGAGCAUCUCCUACGCUGCAACCAUCGGGGGGCUGACCACCAUCAUAGGCACCUCCACCAGCCUCAUCUUCCUCGAGCACUUCAACAACCAGUACCCAAAAGCUGAAGUGGUGAAUUUUGGAACCUGGUUUCUGUUCAGUUUCCCCAUCUCCCUCAUCAUGUUGGUGCUGACUUGGUUCUGGCUGCACUGGCUGUUCUUGGGCUGCAAUUUUAAAGAGACUUGUUCUGUGAGCAAGAAGAAGAAGACCAAACGGGAAGAAAUGUCAGAGAGAAGAAUUCAAGAGGAAUACAAGAAACUGGGAAAUGUUAGCUAUCCCGAGAUGGUGACUGGAUUCUUCUUCAUCCUGAUGACCUUGCUUUGGUUCACUCGUGAGCCUGGCUUUGUACCAGGAUGGUCAUCUUUUUUUGAGAAGAAAGGUUACCGGACUGACGCCACUGUCUCUGUAUUUCUUGGGUUUCUCCUUUUCUUGAUUCCAGCAAAAAAGCCGUGUUUUGGAAAAAGAAGAAAAGGCGAUGGUGAAAAGUCAACAGAAAUUAACACACUGGAGCCCAUCAUUACCUGGAAGGACUUUCAGAGGACCAUGCCCUGGGAGAUUGUAGUGUUGGUUGGAGGAGGUUAUGCCUUAGCAGCUGGAUGUAAGACCUCUGGCCUCUCUACAUGGAUUGGACGUCAAAUGCUCUCCCUGAGUAGCCUUCCCUCCUGGGCUGUAACUCUGCUGGCUUGCAUUUUGGUGUCCAUGGUAACAGAAUUUGUUAGUAAUCCAGCAACCAUAACCAUCUUUCUGCCUAUUUUAUGCAGUAUGUCAGAAACCCUGCUUAUCAACCCUUUAUACACCCUGAUUCCUGUCACCAUGUGCAUCUCAUUUGCGGUGAUGCUGCCCGUGGGUAACCCUCCAAAUGCCAUUGUCUUCAGUUAUGGGCACUGCCAGAUCAAAGAUAUGGUGAAAGCUGGCCUGGGUGUAAAUCUGAUUGGCCUGGCUGUUGUCAUGGUGGCCAUUAACACGUGGGGAAUUAGGCUCUUCCAGCUGAACACCUUUCCAGAAUGGGCAGCAGUCAGCAACAUCACAAGCCAAACGUAAUCUUCAAUUAAAAAAAGAGCAAAAGUGCAAGGCCAAAGCAAGCUGGGACAAAAUAUUGAACCUUCAUUUCACAUAUGAAAGAAGGAAGCUUGAAUCAGGAUCUGCUGUAAAACUGAAGAAAAUCCACUGGGAGGUCUUCUGCAACAGCUUUUCAGUUCUGAAAAUCAGCGUGAGUUAAAAGGAGAGAUUAGGUUUGCUCUAUUGUUGCUUUCUCUGGGAUACCAUAACUCCUCCAAAAUUCACUCCUCCAAGUUAUUUCCCUGUAGCUUUUUCAUGCCUUAGAGCAGUUAGGUAGGACUUGUAUGCAGGACUCCAGUGGCAGAAGACAAGUACACAUACACUGCUGUACUCAGCAGCAGCAGAUUCAGUCCUACUAUUGACUCCUACACUGAAUGUAGGGUGAGCCUUACUCCCAAACCCAGAGGAGUUUUAUAAGCCUACUUCUUUUGAAGCCAAAUUAUUCUUGUUUUUUUGAGAUGACUCAUCAUUGUUUUGCAAACACCAU